UUAGCGCCCGUUUAGCUAGGGUUAGGGCCCGUGCAGCAGGGCGAAUCGGCGCGCGGCCCAGCGAUCAAGACUGCCCCCGGAUCCGAAGCUUGGCGAUCGCAGAUGGGACUUGCACCCUUGUCGCCAUCUGGUGAAAUCGGGGCUGUGUUGUUCCUUUUCCUCCAACACCAACUUGUUUGCCGUGUUGUUUUCGCUUGGCCUCAGACAUGGCAAUCGAAGUUGGAAGAAAUAUUCGAUGAGACCAGGUUCUGGAUCGGCUUGGUCGGCUUGGGACCGAGGCCGGGAUGCCGGGGGGAUCCGGAUCCCGAGUCGGUGGAAUAGUUUGUGAAGAGAAGGUUUUGGCUACUGAUGUGGAUGGGCAGUAGGGACUUGUAGAGCAACGCAGGGACGCGUGUUCUAUUUACAUACCACGGCGGGUUAGCAGAAUUUUUCAGGGUAUUAUAUCCCAUCGUCUCGCUCAUGUGCGGUCGAGGAUUGAGACUGACGUGAUUCCGGCAGGGAGGCACAUUGUACAUGAUGCUCGUUUCGAGGGUUGAGUCUUCCACCGAAGAUGGAACCUUUGAAUGGAUGGAUACAAAACGUGCCGACUAGCCUCACAUCCUACAGGUCAAGAGCUGCCAAGCAACGGACCGCUGCAGAGUGACGAUAUUCUCUGUAUGUUUUCUCUCUGCUGUUCUUUGUCAGGGGUGGAUUGACGGGUAUGCCAAGCUUGGCUUGAGAGGUGUGGAGGUUUUGUUGGAGUCUGACUACUCGCAUUCGGGUUGGGAGCCCCUGCAGGAAUGCCUCAUGUUCUAUGCGGCUCGUCGAUGCAGCAAGGGUUGGAGAUGGAUGUUCAGAUCGGUCAGGCACUGAUGAGAAAGAGCCUUUGGAUAUGCGCCGAAACCGAGGGAUGCAUCGCCGUCAACCGGCGUUGCUUAAAGUCUCGUGGUCUCCCCGUGAUUAUUCGAGACACUUUGGACAGCCAGCAGUCAGACAGACAUCUAUCAAUCUACAUCCGCCUCUACCGUUCAAAAGCGCCACCGGGCCAUCACUCCUGACGAGUCCCCUUUCCUCUUUACUCUCGUUCUCUCUUUCAGAAACAACAAGCCAAACACACUCAAUAUGCAGCUCAAGACCCUCACCCUCCUGGGUCUCGCCUCGGCAGCCAACGCCCAAACCCUCGCCGACGUCCUCGCCGAGAACGCGGCUACUCUCUCCUCCCUCACCAGCUUCCUCCAGUCCGAAGAGGUCAUCUACGAGCUCUUUGCCAACGCCCAAGAUGUCACCCUCCUCGCCCCCUCCAACGAGGCCCUCGCCCGUCUGAACGCCACCCCUCUGGCCAACGAGCUCCUCUCCGACCCCAACUACCUCACCGCCUUCCUCGCCUACCACGUCCUCAACGGGACCUUCUACGCCUCCAACCUCACCUCCUCCCCUACCCAAUUCCUCCCCACCAUCCUCGACCUCGCGGCGUACAGCAACGUCACCGGCGGCCAGAGACUCCAAGUCCAGGCCGCUGACGGCGGCGUGAACUUCCUUUCUGGAAACGGCGAGCUCAGCACUGUUGAAUCCGCCAACUUCAACUACACCGGCGGCACCAUCCACAUCAUCGACAACUACCUCACUAUUCCCGCCCCUUUGCCUGCCGCCCUCCUGGAGCAAAACCUCACUGCACUUGUCGGCGCCGUGACGCAGGCUGGUGUUGCCGAGACGCUUACCAACGCGCGGGACAUUACCCUGUUUGCCCCCAACAACGCGGCGUUUGAUGCGAUUGGGAACUUGGUCAGCGAGCUGACUGUUGAGCAGCUGACGGGGAUUCUGGGGUAUCACGUCAUUGUCGGGCAGACUGUUUAUUCCAGCCAGAUUGAGGACGGGGCUACAGCGACUACUUUCCAGGGGGGUGAUAUUACGCUUAGGGUGGAGGAUGGGAGCGUUUUUGUCAACAGUGCUAGGGUUGUGAAGGCUGAUGUGCUUUGCGCCAAUGGGGUUAUUCAUGUUAUUGAUGGUGUCCUCAACCCCUCCAACACCGACGCUGAGCCCAACCCUGCUGAGUCCACCCAGGCUCCCGCUUUCUCUGGCGCCAGCAGCACCGGCGGUGUCCCCUUCACCUCUGGCAUCACUGUUCCCACCAGUGCUCCUACCGAGCCUACUGCUACCUCUGGCCCUGACAGCGGCAACGGUGAUGACACUCCUGUUGAGGCUGGUGCUGCUGCUCAGGGUGCUGCUCUUGGCAUGGCCGCCUUCUUUGGCGCUGCCGUACUCUUGGCUCAGCUGUAAAUUGUGUGAGUCAUAAAAGUUUCUUGGAUGUGCUUUUGACAUCAUGAAUGGGAUGACACGGGUUGGGUUUGUGUGAUUGCAUGUAGCUGGAGCGGCUUUCAGGUUUCUGGGUUCGCUGCUGGCUUGGUUGGUUGGUCAUUGGUAAUUUUGUUGGGAUGGAGUUGUGUUGUCUUUUGGUCUUGUUGUUUCAAACUAUUCCCCCAAAGGAGCGUGCUGGAUUUGGUUGUUGGUGGUUGAUGGUGUUCUACUGUAUAUACAUAAUCCCAUGGCAAAUACAGAGUCUGCAUUCAUUCUCUGCUGUGAGUUCUUUGCCUGACCCUUUACCAAGAUUUCCUAGGAUCUCAAGUAUCUUGG